AUGCCUGACGAGUUCAGUCCCGAGGUCGUGGAGGUGUCAGAGGUGGCCCCUGUGGGGUCUCUGCUGGCACGGAGGUUUGACUCUGUGGCGGGUGGCGUGGCGGGCGUGGCGGGUGGCGUGGCGGUGCCACAGAAGUGCCGUCUGGUUCACCUGGUGGAGAGAUGUAUGAGUGUGAUGCAGUCUGGCACUCAGAUGGUGAAGCUGAAGAACGGAUCCAAGGGCCUGGUGCGCCUCUUCUACCUGGACGAGCAUCGAUCCUGCAUCCGCUGGAAACCCUCGCGCAAGAGCGAGAAGGCCAAGAUCACCAUCGAUUCGCUCUACAAGGUCACCGAAGGUUGUCAGUCUGAUCUCUUCCAUCGACACGCCGAGGGAAACUUCGACCCCGGCUGCUGCUUCACCAUUUACCACGGCAACCACAUGGACUCCCUGGACCUGGUGACGUCGAACGCUGAGGAGGCGAGGACGUGGGUGACCGGACUCCGGUAUCUGAUGGCUGGCAUCAGCGACGAGGACUCGCUGGCCAAGCGGCAGAGAACCCACGACCAGUGGAUGAAGCAGACGUUCGAGGAGGCCGAUAAGAACGGAGACGGUUUCUUAAACAUCGACGAGAUCUAUCAGCUGCUCCACAAAAUGAACGUCAACCUUCCACGACGCAAAGUCAAGCAAAUGUUUCAGGAAGCCGACACGGACGAGCAGCAGGGCACUCUGACCUUUGAGGAGUUCAGCGUCUUCUAUAGGAUGAUGUCGUUACGGCGAGACCUCUUCCUGCUCCUCAUGAGCUUCAGCGAGAGGAAAGAUCACCUGACCGCCGAGGAGCUCGGCAACUUCCUGCGGGCGGAGCAAAAGAUGUCCAGCGUGACCUCUGAGUUCUGCCUGGACAUCAUCCAGAGGUUCGAAGUGUCUGAGGAGAACAAGCAGAAAGGCAUCAUGGGAAUCGAAGGAUUCACGAACUACAUGCGCAGUCCAGCAUGCGACGUUUUUAACCCGCAGCAUAACGAGGUGAACCAGGACAUGGAGGAGCCGCUGUCCAGCUACUUCAUCUCCUCCUCACACAACACCUACCUGACCGGGGACCAGCUCCUCUCACACUCCAAAACCGACAUGUACGCCUGGGUCCUGCAGGGGGGCUGCCGCUGCAUCGAGGUGGACUGUUGGGACGGUCCGGACGGUGAGCCGAUGGUCCAGCACGGUUACACCCUCACCUCCAAAAUCACCUUCAAAUCUGUGAUUGAGACCAUCAACAAGUACGCCUUCAUCAACAACCAGUUUCCGGUCAUCCUGUCCAUCGAGAACCACUGCAGCAUCCAGCAGCAGAAGAAGAUCGCUCAGCACCUGAAGGAGAUCCUCAAAGAGAAGCUGGAGGUUCUCAGCAUCUUCAGCACGGACUUCAAACAGCUGCCCACGCCCAGCAGUCUGAAGAACAAGAUCUUAAUAAAGGGGAAGCGUCUGCCUGCGUUCCUCUCUGCGGACGCCGAGGAGGGCGAGGUUUCGGACGACGACAGCGCAGAUGAAAUCGAAGACGACUUCAAACUGAAGAGCGCCACCACGUCUAACGGACCCACGCAGCAUCAGGUCGAGACCAAGAUGAGGAAGAAGCUGGAUUCUUUAAUAAAAGAGUCUCAGAUAGGUGAUAAGGAGGACACGGACAGCUUCUCCAUCCGGGCUCUGCUCCGGGCCACACACGAGGGGCUGCAGAAGAACCUACACAGGAAUUCCAAAGACGGCUUAAAGAAAUCUCAAAGCCGAUCGUUUAUCAGCAACCUCAAACAGAAGAGACACUCCAAAUCAAAACUAAAAUGCCAGAGCGUUGAAACAGAAGAGGACGGGCAGCAGGAGACCGGCGGACAGUCCAGCAGAGGUGGCAGGAGGAGGAAGACCAUGAAGCUGAGUCGAGAUCUCUCUGAUCUGGUGGUCUUUACUAACUCGGUGGUGUCUCAGGAGUGUCUGGAUGAAGGUUCUAUAGUAAACGUUCUGUCGUUCAGUGAGACUCGAGCUCAUCACCUGGUUCAUCACCGGGCCGAACGCUUCCUGACCUUCAACCAGCAGCAGCUCUCCAGGAUUUACCCCUCCGCCUACCGCAUCGACUCCAGCAACUUCAACCCCCAGACCUACUGGAACGUGGGCUGCCAACUGGUGGCUCUGAACUAUCAGACGGAGGGGCGCAUGAUGCAGCUAAACCGGGCGAAGUUCAUGGUGAACGGGGGCUGCGGUUACGUCCUCAAACCGCCACCCAUGUGCAAAGGUUCCUUCAACCCUCACAGCGACGACCCUCUUCCAGCCCACCCUAAAAAACAGCUUCUGCUGAAGAUAAUCAGCGGUCAGCAGCUCCCCAAACCGCCGGACUCCAUGCUGGGGGAUCGAGGAGAGAUUAUUGACCCAUUCGUUGAGGUGGAGAUUAUCGGGCUUCCAGUGGACUGUUGUAAGGAACAAACCAGAGUCGUGGAUGAUAAUGGCUUUAACCCGGUGUGGGAGGAAACGCUCUCCUUCACCCUGCACAUGCCUGAAAUCGCACUGGUUCGCUUCCUGGUGUGGGACCACGAUCCCAUCGGCCGGGAUUUCGUCGGGCAGAGAACGGUCGCCUUCAGCAGCCUCAUGCCCGGUUACAGACACGUGUAUCUGGAAGGAAUGACCGAGGCGUCCAUCUUCGUCCACAUCUCGGUUCAUGACAUCUACGGAAAAUGGAGUCCUCUAGUCCUCAAUCCCAGUUACACCAUUUUGCACUUGCUAGGCGCUAACAAGGGUCGUCAGCUGCGUGGAUUCCGCAGCCUCUUCAGCCGGGGCUCUAAAUGCUCCGUGGACACACAGAUCGGUGGUCUGGCACAUAAACGUUCCUCAAAUAAUCACCUGCUACGCCGCACCGCUAGUGCUCCCGCCAAGGGCCGCAAGAAAACCAAGAUGCUGAAUCCUGAGUCCUCGGUAGACAGGAAGGACAGUAACGGAGAAGUUAAGACACAAGCCGUGGAGAGGACAGCAGGUCCGAGGAUGACCCUCCAGCACCGGCCGGCCUCCAUGCCCCCAGAGGGGUUCCUACAGGGGCGGUUUACCGUAUCAUCUAACGGACAGGACGCCCCAGACGCCGGUAUCGACACCAUAACCGGUUCAUUCCUGGAGAGGAACAAGUCUGUAUCCGUGGAUCUCCUUACCGAAAGCUCGACCCAUGACGCGAUUGAAGACGGCACCCUCAGAUCACUCUCAGAACAUCAUGGAGAGGAAGCCGAGGAGUCGAAGGAACAAGACGAGACGUCUUACUUGGUGAUGGGAAGUGGUGGUGAAAGCAGCACUGAUGGUGUCCUGACAGAACCCCAACCAACAAACACUAAAGUCCUCUGUGAAAAGCCUGCAGAAGGUCGUCGGUUCCUCUUGGAUCAUCAGGACAGGCACCUGAGGGAAACUCACACAUCAGGCACUCGCCCCCUGUCCCCACGUCCCCCCAGCGCCAAUGGGAUACCCGCCAAUCGGACAUCCCUUCAGGACAGUGUCCUCUCUCGUCUCAUCGACGCCGUGUCCCUUGGCAAUGAGAACGACACUCACGGGUCCAUAUCAGCUCUGAUCGGUCAGUUCGAAGUGAGCGCCGAACAGAGUAACCUCAAUCUGUCCUCAAGCAUACGACCUUCUCAGCCGUCCAACCAACUGUCCAGCACCCCGCUGAAAAGGAAUCAAGAGUCGUCCCAGAAAGACCGCCAGGUUCAUCCAUUUUCCAGUCCCGAGACCACCGAACUGGCUGCUUUUACAAUACUAGACGAGCAAGUGCUGUCUCCUGUCGUGGACCAUGACCUUCCUGAUAGGACUAUCUGCCCCAACUCGGAGAACAACCCAGAGUUCUUGACCCCUGGUCGCGGUAGAGGUUUGUCACUCAACAAGGCACCUUUUGAACGAGCGAGAGACACAAUUGGACGGUCAUGUAGAGAUAACAUCUACCAGGAUAAGUGUCGGGCAGCUACGUCUAGAACUUGGGAGUUUGGCGGCUACAGAGAAACCUCGAUCAACAGCACGGUCUCCGAGCGCUUCCUCCUCUGUCAGGACUCCGCCAGCAGCAGUUUAAUGGAAGUCGAGCUCAACGUGGACGGGGAUCCUCUUGAUAUGACCUUGACCCUGGAUCAUAAUGACCUGCAGUACAACAGUGACCCCAAGUUCUCAAACCAGGCUCGGUAUUUUACCAGGCCAGCCUAUGAGCUCUCAGUUCCCGUACAGGGUUCCUUACAUUUACCCCCCUUGUAUAGACCCAACGUAGGUGCCCGUUCUACAGAGUCACUGAUGGACACUAUGAACCGGCCUCAUUCAGAGAUGUACAGGAAUACUUGUACUGACAGGCACUUUAAGACUAGUGACAUGAAUGGCCUGAUCAACAAGGCUCAUGGCUUGACGAAUGGGUACUCCUCCUCAGACUGUCUCUCAAGGACUCAAGAAAUGAGCUCUUCCCCACGGAACGGCUCCUACAAGCCUGCGACUGAUCAUGACGUUCAUUACAGCUCAGUGGUGUUUGGAAAUAGUGUCGUUACACCAAAGCAAUACACAAAGUCCUUCCAACAAAACCACGCCUUAAAACCAACCACUUCUGAGUGCUACAAAGGGAUUUACCUGGUUGGAUCUCCAAUCCCUAAAGCUUCCAGUCCUUGUAAGUCCAAAAGUUUGGGCGACUUGACGUCUGAGGACAUCUCCAGCAACUUCCAGAGCAAAUACAAGGUCAUCAGUCGCAGCUUCAUCACUCCUGCCAUGCGAGACCAGAGACGGAUGUGCGGCAUGACCAAGCAGACCCAGUCCACAGACCCCCUCACUGCCCAGCUCCGCAAGUUAGUGACUCUGGAAGAGACGAACCCCCGGUCGCAUCCCCCUCCGUCUCGACCCACCCAAAAAUCAGAACCUCUUCAGUCGGCGCCUCCUUCUGUAGUCCACACAGAGAGCUCCGGUGACCUUCCUCCCUUACUCUCACGGAGGCUGUCGUCUCGCAGUCAAAGCCGCGUCCGUCACAUAGCCAACCGCGCCCGAGAAAGACAGCAGGAGGCGCUCAAAUCCCGGCCUGCGGUCGGUGCCAGCGACGUAGUGCUCCGCAAUAAAACAUCCUCUUCUCAAAACGGCCUGAUCAACAGGCACUCCACGGGAUCCUACAUCGCCGGAUACCUGGAGCAGGGGGAGCUGGAGGACCGUGGUUUGCCGGAAGGUUCCUGCAUGACACUCCGGGGCUACAAAGAUCAGCGUUACGUUGAUGACUCUUCAGCUCACGAUUCUUGUAAUCCCUCCGAGCCUGAGGUCUACUUUCUUCUCAGAAUUUAA